GAAGAAGUAUUUGAAUCACUCAAUGAAUGAAAACGAAAUCGAAAAUAAAUCCGUUUUGGGUAAUAUAGCGUUUACUGUGUAAAAGCAAUUAAUAAUAAUAAUAAUAAUAAAUGAAGCUCCGAUCCAUGCCUUUGAUCACGACGAUCGUGUUUUUACUCGCCCACGGUGUUUUCGGGGGCGGUACUGAUGAACUGUCGGCUUUUGUGAUGGAUGGAGAUUCAGUCGCUCUACACACUAAUGUUGAAACGAAGCAACAAGAAGACAUAAAGUGGUAUUAUAAAGCCACUAGAAUAGCUCAGAUUGCUGGAGAUCUCAGUUUUAUUUGUACAGAUGUUCAGUGUAAUGGUGGUACUGAGAGAUUCAGAGACAGACUAGAGCUGGACAAUAAAACUGGAACUCUUACAAUCAGAGACACCAGAACCACAGACUCUGGACUUUAUGAAUUAAAGAUAUUCAGCAGAAGAUACAGCACCGAAAAAACCUUCAAUGUUACCGAUCUUGGCGUUUCUGCUGCUGAACGAGAUGAAAUGAGGAGAAAGUCAUUGAUGGAGGGAGAAUCAGUCACUUUAGAUCCUGCUGUAACGAAAAACCCAAAUGAUGUGAUGGUUUGGUAUUUUAAUGACAUUUGCAUCGCUGGAAUCAAUGAAGAACCCAGAAUGAUUUGUACAGAUGUUCAGUGUAAUAACGGCACUGAGAGAUUCAGAGACAGACUGAAGCUGGAUCAUCAGACUGGAUCUCUGACCAUCAUGAACAUCACAAUAAUGGAUUCUGGAGAAUAUACACUACAGAUCAGCAACAGCAGAUUCAGCAUCACGAGGAGCUUCAGUGUUACUGUCACUGGUUCAGGUCUGUCUGCAGGUCAAAUAACUGGAAUAUGUGCUGCUGUCCUGCUUCUUAUUGGUGCAACUGUUUGUGUGCUUUUUUACAAACGAAAGAAAGGUGAGCAUUACAUUAGUGAUGAGAAGUCUUUUAUGUGA